GAUAAAAACCUCACUUCCAACCUCCAAAUCCCUAGAAAUUGUAAAUGGAGAACAACAACAACAACGGCGACAAUAUGAGCAGCGGCAACCACCACCCACCACCGUCGUACUCGCAGCUACCGCCGAUGGCAUCAUCCAACCCUCAGUUACGUAAUUACUGGAUCGAGCAAAUGGAAACCGUCUCGGAUUUCAAAAACCGUCAGCUUCCAUUGACUCGAAUAAAAAAGAUAAUGAAGGCUGAUCCAGAUGUCCACAUGGUCUCCGCGGAGGCUCCGAUCCUGUUCGCAAAGGCUUGCGAAAUGUUCAUCGUUGAUCUCACGAUGCGGUCGUGGCUCAAUGCGGAAGAGAACAAACGCCACACGCUUCAGAAAUCGGAUAUUUCUAAUGCAGUGGCUAGCUCUUUCACCUAUGAUUUUCUGCUUGAUGUUGUCCCCAAGGACGAUGGAAUCGCCACGGCUGAUCCUGGCUUUGUGGCUAUGCCACAUCCUGACGGUGGAGGAGUACCGCAAUAUUAUUAUCCACCGGGAGUGGUGAUGGGAACUCCGGUGGCUGGUAGUGGAAUGUACGCGCCACCGCAGGCGUGGCCGGCAGCGGCUGGUGAUGGGGAGGAUGAGGGUGAGGAUAAUGAAGGAAACGGCGGCGGAAAUUGAAGUGUUGAUUUAGGGUUUGUAACCGACAAUGUGGGAAUUUGAAAUUUCGUGGAGUUUAUUAGUUUUUUUUUUAAUUUGUCUGAUUCGCUUUCAUGUUAAUAUGGUUUCGAAAUGGUGAACAAUGUGUGGAAGGCGAAAUGUUAUUUUCUAUAGACUUGUAACCGCUUUUGUGAGAAUUUGAUUGUCUUUUGGAGUCUUCAGUCAUUGCAUUUUAU